AUGCUCUUUUCCCGUCAUCUGCUCUCUCUCUCUCUCUAUCUCAUUUCCACGCGGCUGCCUCCCUCUGGCUCGUCUACAUUGACGCUCACCUUUUCGACCUCUUGUCACUGGAACCUUGGAUUCCCUUCCACUCGACUACUUCGAUAUUGUUUCUACAGUUACACUCAUCUGGAUCGUCACUCGACCUCAUUGCCAUCGCGGGGGAAAAAGGUCCCAGGCCAGUCGAGCCGGGUCAAGAUGAGUUUGGUAGCGGUGAAUUGCUCUACGGACCUGGAUGACGAGGGGAAUGACUGGGGAAAAGCUGCAAGCAAUGUUCCUGAUCCGCCAAAGUGUAUCGAGACCUGUCGAGCCCGGUUCCUUGAGAGAGUAGUCCCGGGCUUCAACAAGACAAGGUACCCCGAAGUUUGCAACGUGAUAUCCGGUAGCGAGGACGCGAAAGAGAAGUUAUGGGAGUUAUAUUGUUGCGACUCAACAUUCUGCGGGGUUCAGUUGGAUGGAAACCUCGGCCAAGAUCCCAACGUUAAUUAUAUCAUCAACCAUUGCCAAAACCUCGGAUCCGGCACAAUUCAAGACCCAGGCGUACCACCAACCGGAUAUGUCUGCCCCAUAUCAUCUGUCGACCAAUCGAGAACCCCCUGUCCUGUGCCAUUCAUGGUGCCGGAUCCAAGAGGACCUCUCUCGACCAGAACCAGUCCUAUGACACCGCUCGCACCAGAGUACACAGCGCUUACGACGCUUACGACGUCGACAUCGGUCUUCACUAGGUCUCCAACACGGUCCACACAUUCGGUAAUGAAUACUCCGGGGAUCUCGGCCUCGGCCUCGGCUUCGAACCAGUCUCAAAUACACAGACACGGUGGAAUGCCAAUGGGUGCUAAAGUCGCCAUCGGGGCCUCGUCCGGCGUGGCUUUCCUCGCGAUGCUGGCUUUCAUAAUAUGCCUUUUUCGACGCCGCACACGUGUUGUCGGACACGCACAGAGCCUCAAGAGCGAGAUCAGACACCCAAACCGUCGACAUGCCAUUCCUUCUCCUCCUCCACCCGUGAUGUCGCCCUCGGGUUCAACACAUGGAGGUUUCCGUACUCUGCAAACACCACCGGCCCGUCUACAAGAACGCAGACUCCUCAACACUCCUCCCAGUCCGAGAAACCCGAGAAUCAACGUCUCUAUUCCGGGGACGCCGCUGGGAGCCACAUUCGGGCAGACAAGUCCUUUCAUGCAGUUUCCCACGCCAUCGCCGACGGCCAACAAAUCUCCGCCCGGAUUUGACCGCUCAACCAAGCCCUAUUACGGCAUUCCCCCUCCGAGUGUCUUCAAAGGCACCUCCAAAGCGGGUAAGACGACAAGCAUGAGCAGUUCUGCGAGCGGGCGAACCGCCACCACCGUAUCCAACAUCUCCAGCUCGUUCCCGCAUCUCGUCCCAUCGUCGCCGACGCGGCCUCCACGACCCCAUGAGAAACCUCUGCACAUUCCCAACCUGGUGUGCCCCGGCCCUCCACCGACUCGAUCACUGCCCUCACCGCCGCCUAGGAGUCCCUCGAGCCCGCUGUCCAUGUUCCGGGCUCAACAGCGUGUGAAGAGCAGCAGCAGCGGCGGCGGCGCUCUCGGUGCCGCCAUCGAGAACGGGUGGGUGCCACCGCGGAAUCCUGCCCGGGGGGUUGUCUUGGGCAAGGAAUCAAAAGACCUGCGAGACCUGACGGAAACUUGCGCUAGGGAGUCGCAGGAGAGGGACAGCUGGGGUAGCUGGAGCAUCGGCGUCGGCGGAACGGGGGUCGGGACUGGUUCGAUCCAAAAAAGGGGUGGAAGUGUAAAUAGUCCGGUGCUGGAAGAGGCGGAUUUAGAGAGGCUAGGGGGGAGAUACUAG